AUGGUGAUGUUUGGUUCAGUUGUAGCGCAGAAUCAAAUUCAAAAUAAUAGUAGUUGUGUCGAUGAAUUCGAGUGUGGGAAUCUUGGAAACGUGAAUUUUCCAUUUUCUGUAUCUUCACAACCUGAUUGUGGAUUGUACACUAUAGAUUGUGAUGUUACUCCCAAUCCAACAAUUCGUCUCGGAGAAAAUGUUUAUAGUGUUCUGGGACAACGAAACUAUGAUGGUUUUCGAGUUUUAGACCAUAGGCUUGAGGAAUUAUUGGCGAGAAACAGUUGUGAAACUUUUGAUAGAAGUAUAUCGUUUCCAAAUUCUCCUUCUAUCUCGUUCAGAAUCAAUGAACGAAAUCUUACUUUGUUUAGAUGCAAUGGCAGUUUAGAUAUCAACAGAAGCAUGAGUGAUCAUUAUUUUCGCGAAUAUCUGAAUUAUACUAAAUGUAGUGGCUUUAGUAUAUACUACAAGUAUCCUAGUAGAGGACGGGGAAAUUCCUCUGAUACACCAGAAGAAGAUAUUCCGGAUAACUGUUCUCCGAUUCAAUUGCCAAUUAGAUGGAACACUCCACAGCCAAAUGAUCAGAAUAGUAGCUUGUUUGAUCUCUUAGCUGGGAAUUAUACAAUUCAGUGGAGUCUGUCUGCUGAUUGUAGUAAAUGUUACUACUAUGGAGGAGGUCAAUGUUUAACUGACAGUAAUAACAAAUUUCUUUGUUCCACCACUCCCAAAGCAAAAACAAAGUCGAAACGAAUUCUAGUUGCAGGUAACCAACCAUCUAUAGCUACAAAUUUCCAUUUCAUAUCACAGAUAAAGAGUACCUUCUUCACUGGAAUGUUAUUAUGCUGA